UUUUGGCCAAACAAAACUUGCCGAGAAACCCCAUGAAAUCUUUGGAGGUUUUAUGUCCCUCUUCCUCUCCGUUUCACUGGCGAAACAGAGGCCGAAGUGGCACACAAAACAGGAUAGAGAUGCUUAUUCCUUCAAUGGCGAUGCUACAGCACGCGUGCUCAGUCCCGUUGAUACGUCUCGUGGGCACUCGCUCUCGCUCAUUUACCAUCAUAGCCUCCCGUAGCGUCUCUCCCAUUGCUUCUCCUGCUGUUGCUUCCAAGAUGGACUCUCGCGUGCUCCUCGGCAUGUCUGAGCAGGAGCUUCAACAGCUCGCCGUCGAUUUGGGACAGCAAACCUACAGAGGGAAGCAGCUCCAUCAUCUUAUUUAUCAGAGGAAGAUUAAAGAAAUCCAAGAUUUUAGUCAAUUGCCUCAGGCUUUUAGAAAUGGCCUUCAUGAAGCUGGAUGGAGUGUAGGGCGAUCAUUGGUUCAUAGCACAGUCAAGGCUGCUGAUGGCACUGUUAAGUUAUUGUUAAAGUUAGAGGACAACAGAUUGAUUGAAACAGUUGGUAUACCAGUUGGAGAUGAAAAAGGUCCCAUACGCCUGACAGCCUGUGUCUCAUCACAGGUGGGCUGCCCAUUGCGCUGCUCAUUUUGUGCAACUGGAAAAGGGGGUUAUUCAAGGAAUCUCAAGCAACAUGAAAUUGUUGAGCAGGUUUUGGCUAUUGAGGAGACCUUCGAGCAUAGGGUGACAAAUGUAGUGUUCAUGGGAAUGGGAGAGCCUAUGUUGAACCUGAAGUCAGUACUUGAAGCACACCGAUGCUUGAACAAGGACAUACAAAUUGGGCAACGAAUGAUAACAAUUUCCACUGUUGGGGUUCCAAACACAAUCAGAAAGCUGGCUGCUCACAAGCUUCAAUCAACAUUAGCUGUCAGCUUGCAUGCUCCAAACCAGAAACUGAGGGAAACAAUAGUGCCAAGUGCAAGAUCUUAUCCUCUUGAUGCUAUCAUGAAGGAUUGCAAGGAUUACUUUCUUCAAACCAGUCGACGAGUAUCCUUCGAAUAUGCACUCUUAGCUGGAGUCAAUGAUAGAGUAGAACAUGCGAUAGAACUCGCAGAUUUGCUGCGUGAGGGGGGAAGUGGUUAUCAUGUGAACCUGAUUCCUUUCAAUCCAAUAGAAGGUUCGGAGUAUAAGCGUCCAAGCAAGAAAGCGGUGCAAGCUUUUGUGGGUGCUCUAGAGUCUCGUAAAGUGACUGUUAGCGUGCGCCAAACAAGAGGUCUGGAUGCAAGUGCAGCUUGUGGUCAGCUAAGGAACAAGUUCCAGAAGACUCCGCUGCUCAGCACCUCUGAUGACCCACGACUGCAAUCAGACCUUGCAGUUGCAUGCUAAUACUUCUUAGUUUUUUGCUUCUCUACCAACUCCACUCUAUCCCAUGGUUGUCUCUUCGUUACAAUGCCAAAGUAAUUUGAAUCUUCAGCUGUGCUCUCUUUGGAGUCACAAAGCUGUAUGAUAAUGUUUUGGGAGGCAUUGAGUCAACUUUAAUGCGAUUAUCCUCAAACGACCAGAAGAGCAGGAUGUUACUCGGCUGGUCGUGCUAAAACGUGGCUGGCUGGGAAGAGCGAGGAUGGGAGGAUACAAACUCCAAAGUCGCAACAUUGUAAUAUGUUGUAUUAUCUACAAUAAAUUAUUCUAUGCCAUCAAAUGUAUCAUUGUUUGGUACAAGCCAAGCUUUCUACAUUAGCAAAUAUUGUACAAGAUGAAUUUGUGACAAACAAAUGAAUUCCCACUUACCACC